AUGAUUAAUCAAGCCACGAGAAAAAGCGCCAUCCUCAGUUAUUAUGGGUAUGGCUGCUACUGCGGGUCUGAUGGCAGAGGGGAGCCAAAGGAUGCGACAGAUUGGUGCUGCCGAGCUCAUCACUGCUGUUAUAAAAGGCUAAAAGCUAGUGGAUGUUAUGGGAACAGACAGCGAUAUAGUUACACCUACAAGGACGGGGACAUUCUGUGUGCUUUGGGGAGCUGGUGCGAAGAACAGGUCUGUGACUGUGACAAGAGCACUGCUCUCUGCCUGGAAAGGAACCUGAAGACGUUCAACAGCCGCUACGUUCGUUACCGAGACAACAAGUGCACGGGAUUCACACCCAGACACAGUUUAAUUAUCCCCAGCUCUUUGGUUGCAGGCCUGCCCUUGGCGUGCAGUAACCUGAUUCAGUUUGCGGCCAUAACUAAGCAGAUGACUGGGAAAAACGCCCUUCUGAAUUACAAUGGUUACGGAUGCUACUGUGGACUGGGAGGAUCCAAACAGCCACUAGAUGCGACCGACUGGUGCUGUCAUGCUCACGACUGCUGCUACAACAAGAUGUUGGCACGUGGCUGUGAACCCAAACUGGAAUCCUAUUCUUACUCCAUCCAGUCGGGCAACAUAGCCUGCAGUGGGAAAACUGUCUGCCAGAAAUGGACCUGUGAAUGUGACAAGGCUGCGGCGAUGUGUUUCCAAAGGACCGCCCACACCUUCCGCAGAAAAUAUCUCUAUUACCCAAACAUCCUCUGCAAGGGACCCUCUCCCGCGUGCUAG